AUGUUUUAGCCAAAUCUCAUUUUGAAGAACUAAUCGAUGAACUAAAAGCAAAAAAGUUUAGCAUUUUAGUAGAUGAAUCUACAGACAUAGGUGUAGUAAAAAAUAUAUGUGUAUGUGUUAGGUACUUUAGUGAAAAAACAAAUGAGGAACACUAUUUGUAACAUAAUUUUGAAGAAAAAUUGAUAAUUUUGGCAAUAUCGUACCAUAAUUCCUUUACUGGCCGGUGGCAUCACUGAUGCCACGAGUCUUGCAACGUCAACAUGACAUACGGAUGACACCUGGACAACAACAUACUUUUAGGUUAGAAAAAUUGAAAACAAUAAAUUAUUGGAAUCUUCACAGAUUCAGUAAAAAUGAACACGUUAGGUCUUAGUAUGAUAAUGAAAAUGGGUUGCUUUUGUACUAGAGAAUCUGUGAAUAUAAACGGUGUGAAAUACGUUGUAAAAGAAAGGCUUGGAGAAGGAGGGUUUUCUUGUGUGGACUUGGUAGAAAACACUACAACGAAGAAAAAAUACGCUUUAAAAAGGAUAGUUUGUCACAGCAUUGAUGAUCAGAAGACGGCAAUGCAAGAGAUCAAUUAUUAUAAGAAGCUACGACAUCCAAAUAUAAUCGAAUUGAUAGACUCCACUUUUAAAGGUUCAGCAGAUAUUGUUGUCCAAGCAACCUCAGAAGCAUACUUAGUACUGCCUUAUUAUAAACGAGGAACCUUACAUGACUAUUUAACUUUGAGAUCAUUCAGCAAACAUCAUUUAGAUGUUAAGGACAUAAUUAGAAUGUUUUUAGAGAUAUGUGCAGCAAUCAAAUUCCUACAUGAUUUUACUCCAGAUCCUAUAGCACACAGAGAUAUAAAAACUGCCAAUGUUUGUCUCACUGAGCAAGGAGACCCCAUUCUAAUGGAUUUGGGUUCUUGUGCUCCAGCUAAAGUUCAAGUUUGUGGUGCUCAAGAUGCACAGAGAUUGCAAGAUAUAGCUGCAGAAAGGUGUUCUAUGACAUAUAGAGCACCUGAGCUAUUUAACAUAGAAAGUUACUGUGUGAUAGAUCAACGUACUGAUAUUUGGAGUUUAGGUUGUGUUUUGUAUGCAAUGAUGUAUUUUAAAUCCCCAUAUGAUGUUGUUUAUGAAAGAGGCGACUCUGUGAAUUUGGCUGUCAUAUCUGGAACUGUACACUUCCCUGAGGAAACCCCAUUCAGUGAGGAUAUGCAUGGUUUGGUUAGAUUUAUGCUGGAAGUAAAUCCCAACGAACGUCCUUUUAUAGAUAAGGUCAUUGAAAGGGUUCAAGGAUAUAAGAACAAAUUAGAAAUCGUAGCUUAAUGGUAGACCAAUACAAUCUCAAUUAGGUUAAUUUAUUUCCAAUUACUUUGUAAGCAACUAAAGCUGUGAUGUAAGUUUUUUAUAACUUAUUUCUUUUAUAAUCCAGGUAUUAUAUAUUUUAAUUCGCUAACUGAAACCUUUAAUUUUACUGCACAAAAUGCCUUAGAACUUGUACAAAUAGUUUUUCUAAACUGUAUACAAUGUGUAAGCUGUAAAUCGUGAUUUUAGAAUAAAAAGUGUUAAGAUAUUUUAUACAUUUAAUUUAUGUGGAAGAAUCUGAAAUUAAAAAUUGAAUCAAUCUGAGGGUGUUCACCUACCAAUGAUCAGCAUAUGUGCUUGUUUUAAUACCCUAUUCAAACCUCAGUUACACAGCGUCAAAGCAAAUACAUCAUUCUCCGCAUUCAAGUGAUUCUGUUCAUCUAUCGCUGACCAAUAGUAGCAUGAGAG